AUGUUAGGGUUUUCCUUCAAAGCAAGCAACGGCUCUCAGUUCUUCAUCGCCACUGUCGAUGCCCUCUGGUUGGACGGCAACCACGUUGUCUUCGGUGAGGUUGCCAGCAAAGACUCCUUCAUGGUCGUCAAGGAAAUCAAGCGCCUUGGUUCCGACUCUGGCGAUGUCCGCGCGCUUAUCAUGAUCAUCGAGGCCGGUGAGGGAUAA